AUGAUCAUCCACCGGGGCUCCGACGACCUCCCCUCCAAGCCGGAACCCGAUUCCCAGUUCCAGCAAGUCGAUAAUACUGGGCCAACUGCUUCAGACGGGGACUUGGACUUCGCGCGCCGCGAGGCCCGCGUCGUCGCGAAGCUCGACUUGUACGUGUGCCCGAUCCUCGUCGCGCUGCAGCUCGUCUCGUUCCUGGACCGGGGCAACAUCGGGUUCGCGGCUUCGCAGGGCAUGACGGCGGACCUGCGGCUCGUCGGCACCCAGCUCAACACCGCCCGGGUCGGCUUCCGCCGCUUGAUUCCCGCGGCGGCGGCGUGCUGGGGCUGCGCGUGCCUGGGGAACGGCUUCGCGAGGGGUUUUGGCGAUCUUGCGGCGUGUCGGCUUUUGAUGGGCUUGUUUGAGGGGUUCUUGAUGCCGAGCCUUACGCUUAUGCUGGCGAAUUGGUAUAAGAGGGAGGAGAUUGGGUUGAGGAUAAGCUACCUGUUCAUUGCUUCCUCGGUUUCAAGUGCGUUUAGCGGCUUGAUCGCGUACGCCAUCUUGUUCAUGGAUGGAAAAGCGGGAUAUCCGGGGUGGAGGUGGCUAUAUAUCGUUGAGGGCUCCGUAACCGUUAUUAUCGCUAGUAUCUGCUACUUCAUCAUCCCGUCAUCUUACACCACGGCUUACUUCCUAAACGAGGAUGAUCGAGCCGUGAUGCGGAAGCGCGCGGAACUCACGGAAGCGUAUAGCGGUGGAAAAGGACACUAUACCCGCGCCGAAUUCAUGAUGGCUGUCAAAGACGUGAAGACCUGGCUGCACGCGUUCGUCCAAGUCAUGUGCUUGACCGUCAUGUAUGGCUUCAGCGUCUUCCUGCCCAUUAUCCUUCGCUUCGGUUUCGACUUCAGCGUUGAGCAGUCUCAGUACCUCAGCAUUCCGGUAUUCUUUUGGGGUUCUCUCGUCUACGCCAUGGUCGGAUACUUAUCCGACCGAUACGCGCGAAGAUUCGUUCCUUGCGUCUCCUUGGCGCCAUUUGGUGUAAUCGGCUAUGCGAUUCUUCUGGGCGGCGAACACCUUUCGGCUGGAGUUAAAUACUUCGCUUGCUUCAUCAUUGCGACCUGCGUAUGGGUUAUGGGCGGCGCGAAUAUAGCUUGGCUCUCAACUAAUACUGCCCCUGAUGGCAAGCGUGCCGCGUCCCUUGGUUUGGCUCUAGCAAUAGGAAACCUCGGUGGAAUCAUCUCGGGGCAGAUUUAUCCUCAGAAGAUGGCUCCGGCGUACACUCUAGGCCAUGCGUGGAGUCUCGGGGCGAUAAGUAUCGCGUUUUCCACUUGGUGGGUGAUUAGGUAUGUCUAUUGUAGCCGUGAGUCACUCAAGAAUGAGGCUCGCGAAGGGGGAAGUGCAGAGUCAGUGAGAUUUUCUGAUAGAGCACCGACUUAUAAAUACCAGCACUAG